CUGGACUUGGAAAACAGAAGGCGCUGGAGUUGCGGCGGCCACCUUGAACACCCUGGUGGGCGCUGAAGGGAUCAUGCCGUACGUUCUCAUCAGCACGCAGAUCCGCAUGGAAGUUGGACCUACAAUGGUUGGUGAUGAACAUUCAGAUCCAAACUUGAUGAACUAUUUAGGGGCCAUUAAAAGAAACAUGUUGGGAAAUCAUUUCUGGGAAUAUUAUGUGAAUGAUGCUCCACGGAUCGUCUUGGACAAGCUGGAGAAGUGUGGUUAUCGAGUGAUCAGCAUGACAGGAGUGGGGCAGACACUGGUGUGGUGUCUUCACAAAGAAAUGACAGAGAAUUGUGCUUUUCUUCCUCUCCAAAACAUUGCUGUAAACCACCCAGCAUAAGCUUGAGAUUGCAUUGCUCAUCUUCAGGCAUUUUAAAGUGAGACUUUAUCAAAACCUGGCUUUAAAAUCAUAAGCAUUGCUACAUCAUCAUAAGAAGCAUCAUUCUAAGAAGCUUCACAGCUCUGGGCUGGAACUUUCCUGAAGAGAUGAAUCCUUAUUAAGCAUUAUUUCAGAUACCAAUCUGAAACUGGCAGUAUUAACUGUUAUCUCCACUUUAUUGAACGACAACUUGGCAUCAAAUCCACUAUAUCAGUAACAGUCUCAGGUUAGAUCAGGUAUGACAUAGCAGAGAAGAAUGUUCAUGCACAAAAUGGCUGUUUAUAUUGAUAGGGACAUUACCAUACAAAUUUACCUCUAUAAAUUACAUAAUGUGCUUAAAGUAUAUGUGUGUCCCCAUUCAAGAGUGUGAUUAGAAUCUUGAGAUUGUGAUAUGUGGUUUUUCUGUUAUCUCUAUAUGGUAUGUGUUAAAAUAGUAGAAAAGAUUCUUUAAAUAGUUCCGUAUAGUUUUUAAUUGUACCAAUUUGCCUUUUCAUUGUUGGGAUUGUUUACACUAUGUCUGCUGAAAACCAUUCCUAAGUAGCUCAUAAAAUAAUAAAAAAAUAGUAAAAUCAA